AUGCGCGUUGCUGCGACGCGGCCCGCCUCCUCCGCUCCCGUUGCCCUCCUCGCCGCUCUAGCCCUCCUCUUCCUCGUCGGCUCCGCCUCCCUCGCCAUCGGAGCCAUGGCCAGCCACGUCCUCGGCGGCAAGAGCGAGAACCCCGCCGCGGCCAACAGCCUCGAGGCCGGCCGGAAGAAGCUGUACGAGGCCAAGGUCUGGGUCAAGCCGUGGCUCGACUUCAAGGAGCUGCAGGAGUUCCGCCACACCGGGGACGCCACCUCCUUCACCAUCUCCGACCUCGGCGCCAAGAGAGGGGGACAUGAGCCUGGAUGGCGUGAUGUGCCUGUGCAUGAUCCUGUAGUCAAAGAUGCUGCAAGCCAUGCUGUGAAAUCAAUCCAGCAGAGGUCGAAUUCCCUUCUCCCAUAUGAACUUGUUGAAAUCGUUCGCGCAAAGGCUGAGGUGGUUGAAGACUUCGCCAAGUUUGAUAUCCUCAUGAAACUGAAGAGAGGGACCAAGGAGGAGAAAAUGAAAGCCGAGGUGCAUAAGAACCUCGAGGGAGCUUUUGUGCUGAACCAGAUGCAGCCAGAGCAUGACGAAUCUAGCAGCCAGUGA